AUGUCCAUUGAAAACAGUUCAUUAGUGAAAAAAUUGGCUUCUAAUAAUAAGCCAACAAGGGAUAAAGCUUUAGAAAGUCUACAGAAAUAUUUACAGUUAUCGCAUUUAAAACAAAAAGAUUAUGAUAAAAUCUGGAAAGGAUUGUAUUAUAGUAUGUGGUUUUGUGAUAAACCAAGACCACAACAAAGAUUAGCCGAUAAAUUAGGUGAAUUGCAUUUGAUAUUUUUGUCUCAAAAUAACAAGCCAAAUGUUGAAGGGUUUAUCAGAUUCAGCAAAUCUUUUUGGAAAGUGAUAUUAUUAGAGUGGUAUACUAUUGAUCAUCAUAGAAUAGAUAAAUAUUUAUUAUUGAUAAGACGUUGUUUUUAUAACCAAUUGUUGUUUUUGGAUAAAUGUAGUUACGAUUCUGAAUUAGUUUCUAAAUACUUGGAGAAAGUUUUAAUGAAGUUUCCAUUAAGUGGUGAUAAACGUGUUUAUACUGGCAUUCCAAUGCAUAUAAUUGAUAUUUUUGUUGACGAAUGGGAAAGAGUAUUUGAAAAAGAGGAGGAAGAAAGUGAUGAUGAAGAAAACGAAAAAAGAAAACAGAUUGACCAAAAAAUUAUUAAUGCAAGUUGUGUUUCUAAAAUGGUUGAUAUUUUCCAGAAAUUAUAUGAUAAUGUCUUGAACAGUAAAGUAUUGAGGAAGAAAAUUAAGGAGGACAUUUUAGAAAACGAAACCUUGUUAGAAUGGAAUGUCAUAAAUCAACAUUUACAGAAAACGGAAACGACAACUGAACAGGAUGAAAAUGAGGAAGAGGAAUGGAAUGGUUUCUAA